UCUUCUCCUUGUCAAUGACUUUAUACACCCAUUCUCACCCGUGCUUGCUGGUGAAGCUACCCUUAUGGAAUAAGUUGACAGGAAUGAUACGUGCACGCCUAACAGUAGUCGAUUCUAAUCAUUGUCUUGUACCCAACAUGCAUGAAGAAAGAGUUUAAUAGCAUUUAAAUAGUUGUACAAACACUUCGUGCCUGUGGCCUCUGGAAGCAGAUCUACGAGACGGAAAUGAAAUGAUUGAGAGAGAGAAGCCCUAGUAAUUCAAUGUGACCAGCCAGCACCUAUUGGUUGGGAUUACUCAAGGUAUACCAAAAAGGUUGAGUGUCUCCUCGCCAUUCAUUUUGGAAUGCCAUCUAGGCGAGCAAUAGUUCUCCGUUUCCUUCGUAAUAUUUGGCCGAACCCUGAAAGAAAUAUAUAGGGCCCAAAAUCAUAAGAUUCUCUGGAAUCUCCACUGUUGCCUGACCCGAGCAAGUAGUAAGCAACUGUAGCGAGCACUGACUAGUUUCAGAGAGUCACUGCUUUUCUUCCUUGGAUUGGAAUACGCGUUCCAACUUACUGAGCUACUGGACAAAGAGGAGUAUAUACCCGGUCCAGGAAAGCUAGGGAUAGUUGUUGAUGCAAGGGAAAAACAAAAUAGCACAUCUGUUUGCUUGGCUGUCCCAACAAAUUACCUGCUCUUGACUGAGCUGACUGUUCGUUUCACUAGUCCUGUAGCAACUGAGCCACCAGCCCAUUUCGCUCCAACUUUCCUUGGUGCAUAUCAAGCUGUCCCUAGGCAUUCCACUGUCUCGCCUGCCUUGGAACCUGCUUAACUAACUACUGCUGAGCCAACUAGUGCCUUCCUUAUCACCAGAAAAAGCUACUUGUUAUAGUCGUUCAUGUAGCACUGUGCUACCAUUCCUUUCUACCCAACUAAACUAGUCAUUUACUCAACACACCGGUUCAAUAUAAAAAUCCCGAUGAGUAAGUUAAUUCACUGGGUCCACUAAGUCUUUCAAUGAACUCGCAUAAAUAAACUAUUCGAAGAACUCAGUCCAGUCCAAUAAGUAGAUUAACUUGAAAGUAAAAGAACUCCAACCUGGAAGUACACGCAUCAAGUAAGUAGCAGCAGCUGAAUGACCUGGAACCCGCAUCAAAGCCAGCCAGGUACGAGAUUCACUCUCCCGAGCCUCCUCUUUAUUCAGAAAUGAAACCAAGCCAUCUGAUCUAACCUUAGGAAGGCGGUAUGGAUUGACUAUAACUAACCAAAGCCAGUGAGUGGGAUCUCAUUGGUAGCCUAGCCUGGGAUAAGCAAGGAGCGCGCAUCACAAUCCAUAUGAGGGUGGAGUCGUUGGUUCGAACCCAACUUGUAUAUUCUAUAUAUAUAGGAAAGAGGAAUCUCUAGAAAGAAAAAGAAGUCUCUUAGUAGAGAAGAUAGAGAUUUUCUCUAUUGAUGUGAGCCUAUAUAGUUGAAGAGAUUGAAGGCUACCCACAAAUCUCAUAUAUAGACGAGUGGAAUUCAUAAAGUCACUUCGCUUCACUUUACUUCAAAGUCUAUUGAUCGAAGUAAUGCGGUUCACAUCCUCAUCUUCGGGUUGGUUGCAUAUUUUUUUCCUGUGUCCACCAGGAGUUCUCGCUACCCUUGGUGUGUGUCUUGGUGGAGUUAUGGUGGCAAAGAAUGCAUUCAUAUAGUUGAUGUCUUUUUGGGGAGAGGUGAGAUCCCUGUUUUUUUGUAGGCUUGGUCUGAGUGAGUCUGAGUUUGAAGAGUAAGCACUCUCACUUUCAAAUAAGAAAUAAGCCAAGCACAGUUGGAAAUUCUCAAUCUCUUUCUGCACUUUCACACAACAUAAAAUUGUGAAAAACGCUGAAGAAACAAUGCACUCCACUUAUGCUGAUUCAAACAUGCUAACAAGAAAGCAAACCCGAAGCGAGGUGAAAUAGGAUAGGGAGUUGGAGCUUUCAUCAACCCGGAACGAUAGUGGAGGAGAGCCCGGAUCCAGAGUUUGAUGGAAGGAGGAAAGGGUGAAUUCAACCGGUCUUUUAAUGCCAUCGUUCCUAAAUGUUAAUCCUCAUGCUGUCUACGAUCUGCUCAGAGUUGAAUUCAAGAGAUAGGAAUAUAAGACAAAGUUUAGAUUGACCGAUCUUGUAGAUAGAUUGGAUAAGAAGAUCCAACAAGCUCGCCAUGAGCAAUUAGUUCUCAAACUAGCCACCGCCUACGAGGGGUAUGUGUUAUACUCCCCCUCCUGACUUGAGCUGUUAUAAGAAAGGGACAGGAUCUUGCUCCAUAAGUAUGAGGAGAGUCGGUACAGUAGGCUCAUACACCAAUGCUUUUUCCCUACAACCGGAUCCUAGAGGAAAACCUAAUGCACAAUAGGUAGCUCUUAACUUCGUCUGGUUAUGCCCAUAAGUCAUCAUGAAUGCGAUAAUGCCCAAGAGUUCACGUAAAAAACUAGGCUCUAAGGUUAGGAUAAGAGCACUCUAAUCUAGUCUAGGUAGAUGAGGGAGAUCCACCUAAGCCCACCGUCUAUAAAGAAGCACACGAUCUAAUCUAGUCUUAUUGUUAGUCUCUCUAUAAAGAUGAUCCAUCACCUAAAGGGCGGACUCUGGACAGAAACUGAGGAUUUGCUAUAGGAAAGACCCUACCCUAUAAGUUAAGACAAUAUGCUACAUUCUAUGAUAUCCUAUUCAAUCCCCCGGUUAGCAUGCGAUGCUCGUCGUGCUAAUAAAUCCUCUCUUCUUAAAGCCCAACCCAAGUAGGACAAAGAAAUGCAAGUAAAUACCCUCGAUUCAUUCCUUUUAUGCGAGUGGGAAAGCUAGCUAGAAAUCAAUGACAAGGAGUAGAGCCUAGAGCAAAAGGGCCAGGCGUCAGGUUAGUUAAAGCAAGAAAGUCAAUGCUGGUGCUCGCUUAUUCAAUCCUUUUUUCUCUCCUCCUUUGUGCUAAUCACUAGUGCUAAGAACUAGGUCAAAAGGAAAGUCAACCCUUAAUACGGAGUUUUCUACUUGUUCUUACUUGUGUUAGUGAAGCCUGAUAGUUCAACUUGCCUGUCCAAAGUCAAUCUAUGAAAAGUCUUCCUUAUAGGCGCACCCAGCUGUAAGAGAGUAGAAGCAAUCGGAGUAAAUAAAUCCCAUAGUGAAAUGAGCGUUAGAUGUUGACUAGACAAAACUAGCUAAUACAUGUAGUAGGGUAACUUUGCCUUUUUUCUCGGUUAUGUGAAAAGGUAGAAAACUCGCUACACUUUAUAGGAAAUGAACUACUCUUAAUGCAAGCUAGUCAAGCUGGAUGAGUUGUUAGGAAUGGCUCAACCCAGGCAGCGCUAACCCUGUCUUUCCCAAAAAGUAUCGUCUUUCCCUAGGGAGGACAAAGAUUAACCAAUAGUAGUCCCGAGGAUUGUAUGAGCAAGGUCCGAACUGUUUCUAUUAGUAGCAACAUGAGGAGCCCCGAAGGGAGAAUAAGAAAGAUUAACCGACGCCGCGUUUUCAGAAGAAGCAAUUGGAUAAGAAUCAUACGCUGUGAAUGAGCAGACGAAUCGACCGAGGGCUUACACACAAGAACAGAACCUAACUCUACUUCUUUUUCCUCCUCUCCUCUUUACUGCCCCCGCUAUCAACAGGUCAGUAAAUAAAUAUAUGUAGUGGAGAAAGAAGAGUAGCCCCCCAGGUCAUCAAUUAGUAAUAGAAUAAUCCCAUCCCAGUAGUAGUCCUCUUGCCAACAAGAUUUGAUCUACUUAGACUAACGGAAACCAUGGCCUAGUUCCUCGAGUAGUUACUCGUUCUAAACUAAAUACGUUCGUAGCAGUAGCUGAAGAAGAAAGAGAUCACUAGAAUUCCCAAGGAAAUCUACAUUACUUGGCCGAGGAAGAACUAGAGUUGGCAAGGUUGACCUCAGCUCUGAGAAAUAAGAAAUCCGGCACCUAUUGAUUGAGCUCCAUCUAACAUAUCGAUAUCGAGACAUUUUCACGCUUUUGAUUUCUUUGCUGCUCUUUCCUCUAUUGCGGCGCAUGGAUAGGAUAGGCGGCUAGGAAUAAGUGAUUUUAAACCUGAGGCAGAAGACGAAGCUACCGACUCCAAUGUUGAUGCACAUUAACUAGGAGUUUUUGAGAUCAAGCAAUCAAUCCUCGCCUCGAACUGGUAUAAAGGAAGAAGCUGGUGGUGCAGGUUUGUAUCAAGUCAGAUGUAGAAUAUUUACUUUACAUAAAUGGGUUGCCCAAGGGAUACGAUUUCCGGAGUUCAGGAAUAAAAACUAGUUCGAUUCAAGGAAGAAGUUAGAAGCGGGUGGAAAAGAAUCCCGUGCCGGUUUACGUUCGCAUACAGUCGCAGGUGCGGAAGAAGUAGAAGCAAGGUCAAUUCCAGGCAGAACGUCAUUCGAUGCUAUUUCGAUUCAAGCAGAACUAGACCUGGCCACAAUAGUAGUUGAAGUAUUAGCACUCAGAAAAAUCAUAAGUAGAAUCGGGCAUGAAGAAAUGCUUUGGUUGAACCAGGCCUAUUAGCAUAUGCAUUAGCAGAUCUUCUCACUCUAGCGAUUUCAAGCGGACCCAUCUCCCUUGCAAAGCGUUAGCGCUAGCCAGGUCAAUAUCAAUAGUUCAUCUCUAUUGGUCUUACUUCACCCAGCUUCCAUAUCCAACUCAGACGUAGCUGCCUUCUGGCACUUUUUGAACUAUAUCCCAUGACUUGACCUUGCCCGAAGUCAACAAUCAAAGGUCAGAAUGAAACCGUAUCCACCCACACAAGAAACUUGCCCUGAAACUUAAACCGGCAGAACCGACUAUGGUUAGAGCUGGAUCUUGAUCUUCCUCGAGAAAAGCACUGAUCAAACCUGGAAUGCCUUACUAGCAGGAAUGAAAAGGUAUGUAUGAACCAACAAAGGUCAAGUUUAUAUAUAUUAGACAAGAUUUAACCUUCCUUCACCGUGGCUUACUUGGAUGGGAAAGUCGUAGAUACGCGUUCUAUUCUAGUCUAGAAUAGGAUCCAUGUAUAAACCAACAGUCCUAGAUGGACACGAAAAGUAAGGUGAUGAACGAACUUCAGAAUACAAUAAACAGAAUCAAAACAAGCAAGAGAACUCUUAAAAGAAAGAAAUCUACUGCUCUAUCAUUGACAGAUAUCUUUUAGUCUAUAGCCCGCCCUACCUAGGGGGAACUCACACUCGCUAGAAGGCAAAAGCACUUGAAACAGUAGUGAGGUAAGAAAUAAAACUACUCGCUUAUUCUCAAUAUGCCUGCUCUUCGAAUUCAAAACUCCUCAGCUAUACCCCUUUCUACAUAUGUAUAUAUGAAAAAGACAGCAGCUAUACAAAGCUUUAUCUCGCCACUUGAUAACUCGUUUGCUUCUGGCUUGGCUGUCUUACUGGAUUUCAUCUAUCCUUAGCUUACUGGCCUAAGAUGUAUAUGCUUGGAAUAUUCGUAAUCUCCCUCGUGGUUACGUUUUAUUAUCUUAGAAGGAGUUGCAACCUACAAGGCCUAUAACGCCGGCCGUAUCAGAUCUUUCCAUUGCCCUAUGGUCACUUGCUUAAAAACUGAAAAGAGACAGACUAAAAAAGAGACUGAACUUCACUUAGGCUUUCUCGCAAGCUUAUUAGAGCAUUGAAUUGACCUCUACUAAUCAAUGAGUAAGAUGGCUUGGAUUCUACUAAAUCCAAAUCCAAAUAAAAAGAAUGCUGGCUAGGGUGACGCUCGUGCUUCUUUCGAGUAAGGCAAACUGAGUAAGGGGUCGUGUUAUUAAGUAAAUUUCUUAGCUAUAAGCCUGGCCUUUCACUUUUAUUAGUACCCCUUUUUCCAACCUUUUCCAUUCCAUAUCUCACCAGUCUUCUUUCCCUGGGUUGUUCUUGAAACGCGUAUUAAGUACUUCCCUCCACAAGUCGAUCACACCAGAUCACAAAAGUAGGAAAGACCGGGUAUCAGAACUUAAAACUCAUAAACGUAAACUUUUCUCUUUAAUAGCUUCAGUACUCAUUCAUGCCUAUUGGCAAUAAUAUGUUUCAUCAUAAGAAUACCGUGAAACCUAGACAUAUUAAAAAAGUCCAUAACUGGGAUCUUCUCCACUCUCAUAGUUGCAACCAUGAAGCCCCACAAUUUAUUGAGUAGCGAAUGACUGAACAUCAGUCAUGUUUGAAUCAUGGAAUCGUAGAAUCAACGCAAUGAUGUGCUUCAUACUGGAAUCUCCUACUACAGCUGGACAGGUUGCGGGGUCUGCGGCUCCCAUUUCGGGGCACUAUUGCGGACCUCUAUUGGUCCCCUAACUUUUGCGGAGAAUCAAGAUCUAACACCUCAUUUCUUUUAUUUCUCUAUGAUAUUUUGGAAAGAGAUAGAUCCGGCACUGCACAAUCCUCUGGCCUUGGCCUCCCCGCAACCGGUCAUCUCUUCUUUUCAUGGAAUUGCUUGCCCAGCUGGAAAUGCAGUCAAUCAGGUCUCUCUGCGCCAGGAAAUGGUCCUCGAGUGCAAGGGCAGAAGGGAUCCAGAAGUAUGGUCGAGCAGAGACAUACCUUAUCUAAACUGGGUCUGGCUCCGGUUUCAUCCUGUUAUUAGUUCUCAGGAGUUGGGAGAAGAGAAGCAAUGACUAGAUUGGUGGUUCCUAUGUUUCCUUUCUGCCUUUCAGCCUCUCCCGGCGGGGCGAGCCGGCGCAUCCUUUCCGCUUUCUAUUCUAGAAAGGGGUUUCUAUCACGACUAAUCUGCAGUUCGAUGUCUUUAGCCUGACCCGAAACACCACUCCCGCGAGUAGAAAGAAAGAGAGAUGAUCUACUUGCAACUUGCUACUGCUGGUACCUUGCAAUCGUAUCCCGGCACCUUUAAAGCACUUUCCGGUGUCUUUCGCUCAGUUGCUAGCCCUGAGCUGCCUUGCCCAACUAAUACUAAUGCACUAGCAUCUACGGACGUUCUGCCUUGAUUUGACAUAGAUAAAUAGGAUGAAAUGGGCCCAAGGGAAAGCAUUCUUUUACUUCAUGGCCUGGCACUAUGCAGGAUUCGAUCUCUUUUCUCGUAGGAGGAUCUUCCGCUUCAUCUAUAGAUUCGUUUUCUCGUUGAACUCUUGCUUGAAAGCAAACAUGAUAUAGUGAUAUAGGCCCGGGGCCAAUGGGAAUCUCUUUUUCUCUUAGGCAAAGCAAAGCAAAUAGAAGUGAAGUAAAGCUUUCUCGAUUCGAUAUAGAAUAGAAUAGUGACGAGAAAGGGCAACUAGAUCACAGGAUGGGGCAUGAAAGCAUUGGAUUUGAGCUUUUAAAGAAGAAUUCAUUCGAUCAGUGCGGGUUCACUGCCUUGCUUGAAGCCAAUCUCUAUAAGGGAGAUGCAAAUACUUCAUUCUUCCAUAGUGCUGCCAAUGGAAGACACAGAAAAUGUCAUAUUGCUUGCUUCUUUGAAAUAAAUACUUAAGAAGCUUGUUUUUUAGUGAAGAUCAAAGGAAGUCACUAGAAGAUACUUUCUGGCACUUCUUUCAACUGGCUAAGAUAUUCCCAUAAGCGGCGCUUGCAUAUUAUGCUCUACUUUCCCCUUCCUUCAACCUUGCAUUUUGAUUUAGAAACAUUGGCUCAUUUAGAUUUAGUUAGAUCUGAGGCCGGCAUAGGCUGCAAGAGAUGUGCCGCAUAAGCUGAAGUAUCUAAAUAAGAUAGGCACCUGGAUCUGGAAACCUGACAAGCUCCAUGACUCCAGUCAUCCUAGCAUCAAGUACUGUAGAUACUGGUGUGAAAAACCUUCUAUGUCGUCAACAACUAUCAUAAUUAACCCAAGAACCAGUUUGCAGCCAGUACCAGUACCUGUAAUGGAGUGGAGUCAUACCCAAACUUUAGGAGCCACAACCCACCAUUUUCCCUUCCUUGCUUAUGGUUUGGGAAUGGUAUCUCCUUGAACAAGGUAGCUGUGUCACAUAUAUUCCGUUAAUGGGAUGGAUUUUCUGCUUUCGGAUGGUGUGAUUUCAACGUUGAGUACCUACUAAGAGUUAGUUCUCGAUGGGCAAUAAAUCAUAUUGAUGAAAAAUCACCAAGGAGCAUGAAACAAAACACAUAACUUACGUACCCAUUGUACUUAGAGCCAAUAAACUACCAAGAAUCUUCUGUCUCAACCACUUUCUUAUUGUCUUUACAUCGAUUUCUAAAUAUAGGAAGGGAAAGUAACGGAGAGCAAGCAAAAGAAAUAAAUCUAUCAACGACCGACUUCGGACUAGAAUCUAGAAACAUACCUAAGGGAAGAAAGCAUAUUUGAGGUUUACUCCUUCCAUGUCUAGUAGGAGUGCGUGCUUCUUAUCUUGACGCUAUACAUUCGGUUCAGUCAGUCCCUGAGACUUCCCAAGGUAAUCUUACCAAACAAGCAACGGAUUGAGCAACUAGCGCGAAAGCCGUUGCGCGUUAGCGCAUUCUCCACCACAUCUUGCUUGGCUUGCUGAAUCAGCAUAUGGAUAUGGAUUACUUCAUUGAAUUUCUUGGCCCGAGCUCUUGUGAUUGGUCUACUUGGCAGGUGGAAUGGAUCCUUAGCAGGUUCAUGUGUUCCUUGUUUACGUAGCUCUUCUGUUGGAUCACGUAGCCCCUCCGUUGGAUUACGUUGCUCUGCCCUUGGAUUACUUGAGUCAUUUCUUGGUUUACUUGGCUGCUCCGCAACAUGCUGGUUCCUUUUGUCAUAAUACCUAACGGCUGUGGGCAGAAUGAAUGAAAAAGCAGAUGAAAGACACUAUACAUACCAAUAGAAUGAUAAAUUUAGAAUAAAGCUAGGUGACGUCACGGCAUUUGAGAACCAAUUGCUUCUUUUGCUUUUCACCAACCUUCAUGUACAAUCUUAUUUCGUAUUGGAGUACAGCCUAUCGUAGGCCCAGCAAAGGCAAGACGGAAAGCAAGCAUUAAGUGAAGAAGCAAGGUCCAAACAAAGUAGUGAAAGAUUUACAUUGAAAAGCUUCUCCAUGUCUAUAUCUGUCCGAUGGACCAAGCAAGUUCAAAGGAAACGGCUUCUCUACUGCAUAAAAAAACCAAUCCAAUGAAAAGGUUAACGAUUCCUAUAAAUUGAGAAAGAAGCAUGUUCUUCAUGCCCAAAAGCGGAUAAAGUAGAUGGAACCUGUUCUCUAACCUUCUUUUUGUAGCAGAUACUGCAUAAAGUUUACCUGCCUUGUAAGGCUUUUGUAGGAUUAAUCAAAUUUUCUUUUUAUCGUUCUAUCUCAGAGUAUCCAUUCAUUCGAUCUUGCUAUCCGCUCUCAAUUGAAUCCCUUCUCUGUUGUCGACAGGUGUGUCCGCAUCAGGACCAGAAUCACGGUCUAGUACCUCCGUACUCGCUCCUACUUUAUUAAUUAGGAAGUGAAGUAGCCCCGUCUUAUUUUCUCGAAAUGCGUAGAUCAAUGCUAAUGAUGUGAUUACUGCCUGGAUUCUUGUCAAGGGAAAUAGAAAAACACGACUUUUGCCAUAUAGCGAGAUGGACUUUUGACUACGGCAAUCUACUGGACCGAGGGAAAACCUUCCUCCUUUGUCAACAGUGAGUAGAGGCAGGCUAUUGGUUGGUUCGAAUCAAGCUGUCUUUCUAUCUCUGGCUCUGGAAUUGACCUAGCAUCUACAGACGUUCUGCCUGGAACAUAGAAUAACGUUCUUCCCUUUCCGAUUCCGAUCUUCACUAGGCGUGAGAACUCUUAGGUAAGCUGCAGAGCAGCAGAAGUGAGAAUUGGAUUGCUUUGGAACUCUCCAAUAGCGUUUUCUUUGCUGGCUUCGUAAUGGAUUGAGGAGCCUAUUUGCCUAAGCGAAUCCCAUUCACUGAGAUAGCGCUGCGCUGGCUUUCAAAUGGAUCAAAUCUUCCCCCUUUCUCUCGAGGUCAAAUCAGCUAUCAUCCAAACGGGGUUUCUGACGAAGAUGCUUUCUUUCGUAUCGGUCGUAUCAGGAAGUGAGAACAGAACUCUUAUAUUAUACGAGUGAUUUCUAUUCUAGCUGGCACUUCUACUUCGGGUAACCUAUUACAAGGAAUGUUUUCCUGGCCCCACUAACUAUGAAAUUCUUCGAUUCUCAUCUCAUAAGAUCUGCCGGUUCGCGCCGCACUCUUGCUUGAAACUCUACUUUCGACUCUCUAGAUGACCCUGACACAGAAGCCGAUUCUUCUUUCGCUUUCAGAACUACUUUGGAGCAGCUACCACUGAUUCCGGUGAGGUUGGAGGUGCGAACUCAAUAAAAUAAUUGGAGUUGGCCAUCGGAAAGUUCUAUUUGGCAAGCAGAUAGGACAGUCAAGGUGCCGGGAUACGAUUGCAAGGUACCAACAGCAGCUUCUGUUCGUGGAUACGCCGGUGGAAGGUCAGCAGUGCCAGUCAAGGGGUUCUCGUCCUUUGGGCAAGCUUUGUUGAGAUGUUCGUGGAGCAGUCUUUCGUUUCAGGAAGCAGGUCAAGCAUCGGAUUAAAGUAGCGGGGGAGAUUUGAGAAAUCGAUUUGCAGAACAGGACGGAAUAGGCAUUCUAGAGAAUAGCCCCGCUUUUCUUAUGCAUAUGCAUGUGCCAGACUUUCUCUUUUAAGAAAAACCCUUUUUCUCUUUCUUUUCCUUCCUCCGAACAAGUCAUCUUCCUCAUCCGAAUGAGAAUUUACUGAUUGCCAAACCACCUAAUUAUCUCUAUGAAGGACGCAUGCUCACACAUAAUGGGAAUUGCAUAUCCUUGGGUUUUUUGGAGAAGAGUCGCAACUCGAAAGAGCCAAGAAGGGGAGAGAGAUGAUGCGCUAAAAUAAGGUAGACCGGACGGGAGAGAGAAGCGCCAUACUCGCAUUAGAGAAUCAAGUCAGGAGAGGGAAGUAGACGACAAUCAUGAAAUCGAUAUGCGGGAGAAUACACAAAAGAUAGGCAAUAUACUCCACCUAGUCGUUCUGUUUCGAAAGUAGGAGAAGCUAUCACUUUCACUCAAGUCACUCUAAGUCUAAGGAAGGGUUAUAGCCAUAUCUGUUUAAGGAUCUGUCUUAAAUGAGACCUAAUCCCAGCCCCCUUUUGAACAUACAUUGUUGGAUUCUUCUUCUAAUGAUUGGGAGAACCCACGCCACACUAAUGAAUGACCUCUUUAGAUUAGAAGAAAUAGAGGAACAUGCGUCUUCGAACGAUGCAGUCUCACUACGACCUGGAAAUUCUCUUAUUCCCCUAUCCAAAAAGGGAGUCAUGAUGCCAAUGAACCCCAACCCUGCCACACGCGAAACACACAGCGAUCUAAAUGCAAAGAAGAUAUGAUAUAUAUGGGCUUUUGGAUUUUCAAAGAAAGCAUGUUGUUGUUCUCCGAACUCUUCCCUCGAAGAACUUUCGAUAUUCGCGCGCCCUCAUCCACGUCUUAAAUAUUGGAAUAAACCAGCGCAUUGAUUUUCUAUUUAUCAUAACUUGGGCUUACCACUGGGAAUUCACCAUUUCUCCAUACAAUACAGCUUUGAACUUCACUGAAAUUACAAAUCGAUUCCUGGCUCGAGUAGAGUCUAUGACAUCAAAUGAAAAGAGAAUCCUAGGUUGUUUCAUAGGCAAGACAAUCAAAGCUCUUUUAUUCUAUGAAUUAUACCUCAUUGGGUCUGAAUCUGUUCUGUAGACUAGCCCCGUCAAUCCUUUGCUAAAUAGUCUUUCUUCAGUCGCCGAUGUCACCUUUGGUACCGGAAAUCCUAUAUGACCAUCGUUGCUGCGAAUGGUUCUCUUGGGGCGGCCCACCUAGAACUAACUCCCUUGAGUCCUUGACUACAUGAAAUGGGGGGUCUGACUGGCAGGAAAAGAAUCGAAUGGACGGAAGAGCACUGUAGCAGAGCAUAGAGAUCCGAAGCAAUGCAUUCAGCAAGAUAUCAUGGAUUGUCGCGAAAAGCUAGGAUGGAAACUGGUUAUUGGCUAUGGCCCAAGCUAUUGUCUUGCAGUGGAGGCGAAGCAAGCAUACUCAUCAUUGAGGUCCCACCUGUCUUUGUUCUGCCUUCCUAUAUGCUUUUCACAGUCUCGUGAGGGAAGCUUGGCAAGCUAGCAAAUGCUGGGUGGGGAGGAGAUAUCGGCGAUCAAGAAACAUAUAGCCGGUUAGGUGUGACUUAUGUGCAGAGUGCCUUAGUUCAAUAAACUACAGCAGAAAAGCUCAUUUCUUCCAGCAUCAUUUCUUCUGUAAUUAGAUUAGAAUGGAAGCACAAAAUUCACUGUGCUAGCAUGGUACUGUCACAAAUCAGUGCUGUGAAUUUCUUUGUACUACGGAGUGGAGUGCUUUAAUCCACUCGAUUCCCUUGGGGAAGCAGAGGAGUAUUCAGUGCAACUGUACCCGCAACCGAGCUAUCUGAAAUUGCUAACUCACCUCUGUCUCUUGAUACGACUAUUAUUGAGGGGAGGGAGAGUCCAUUCAUUUGCCCAUCCUGGAUAACGGGUAGAGAUCCUAGCGGUGAAUAAUAAGAAGCCUUUGGAUUUCAUCUAAGCUGUUGACUCCCAGUAUGGGAUGGGAAGACUGUGCCUAUCUAUGGCCUCUCUUUGUUAACGCCUUAACCUCGUUGCAGGUAUUCCGUAAAAUGAAGUCAUCUAUUAUUAGGUAGCAAUUCAGGAGCCUUUCCUGUACUUGAAGGCGGAUUAGCAAGGGAAUGAAUCUGAUGAAGCUGUUCCUCCGCUAGAAUAAGGGGGGCAUGAUCGCUGAUGCAGAAAAUCUCUCCCGGGGUGAGACCCAAUAACGAAAAUCCAUGAAGCAGUGAAAAUAUAGCCUGGUUAGAGUGCCCUCCCUCUCCUUUAAUUUGUCAUAGUUUGUUUGAUUUAUCAAUGCGAAGAGUGAAUCAAAAAAUUGAACUAGUGCGCUAAGUACGUUGCUACAGACCGGAAUGGAGAAUGGCAAUAGCAUUUGGAAGGGAGUGUUUCUAUUUCAAUAAUUAGACAACAGCCGUCAGUCAAAAUACUGAUAUCCCCCUCGUUCACUUAAGUGGUAAGAAAUGCUUUAGGUGAACAUGCAUGCAGCAAUAAUUAUGUCUUAUUCAAUUGUUAUUGAUUCCUACUCCGUACUUGACUAUGAGAUAGAGGAAGGAUCUUAUAAUUGCUUAUAUAAGCGAAUUCAAAAUUCUAAGACAUAGGUUUCAUUAUGCGGGGCGUAGCGAAAGCAUUCAACCUUCUAGGACUAAGCCUAAGGCCUAUGGUCCCUCAAAAAAGAGAGAUCAAUCGUUCCUUACUUUACUGCAAGAAAGAACACAUUGAAAGCUACAAGCCCUUACACCAGGGAUGAAGUAGCUGCUUCGAUAGGACCAGGGACACUACCAGACUGAGUUGAGUCUGACACUAGGGAACUUGGAUUCAUAGUACGUGCUCUACGCGAUACACAGACAGAUAGAAUAGCCGGAGUACGGUAGGAAUGGACUGCUGCCAAGCGAGUGGAUUUAUGAACGAGCCAUUCAUUUCAUUUAAGUAGAACCGCCCCUUCUACGCCGCCUACUUACUUAAUAAUCAAUUGCUCGAGCACUUAUUUAUCUUUAUUUCAAGUAAUUUACUGUCUGCUUCGACUGCCCUCAAUUCAUUGAUUCGUAUUGCUUUCACUACUCCUACUGAUGACUUCGUGACUUUCCUCCUUCUAGGUGCUUCAAAUCUACGUUAUCAAUACGGAAGAGGGCCACCUUACAUGAAGCCCGCCCACCUUACGGGAAUGGUAGUAGGGUUGUCGAACCGUCGUAGUGAGCGGGGUGUGUUGACAGCUUUCACACGGGCAGGACUACGUGUUAAAGUCGAUGGCGAAGAAGAAGACAGGGCUUAUCGGGAAGAGGGGGUAGUAUGAGUAGGAGGUUUGAUUGAUUUCAUUCCUGAGUCUUCUUUCUUGCAUUCCAUCGUUACUUGCGGUGCAAUCUGGAAGUCUCAAAGCGAGAACUGAUUUCACUUCUUCCACUGAAUCCCAGGCUUGAGGGCUUCACCCAUUUUAUAACCCCGCGGUAAAUUAUUACUUUAUCAGUUUCUGUGCUCAUGAGAACUAACAACAGAUCGUCACCAGCGUCUGCAAGUACACAAAGGAACUGCUGAGUUAUGUAAAAGCCGGUUUCAUCCCUUGGUCAUUAUGGGGCAGUGUCAUAGUCUACACUGAGAACAGUGAAUUUCAUCUCAGGAACGAGAUCUAUAGUGGCAAGGCGGUAACCGCACAGCAUAAAGAACUCCCUAAGAGCAUGGAGUGAAUAUCCUACUCAUCAUCCUUGAAUUAGUAGCCAGCCCAAGCAUUGCCGUGUACUUUGCAAUAUCCGAAUGUGGGUCCGUUCAGUUGGAACACGACUUCAAAGCCUUCUGACGAAGGUGGAGAUAAGAUUACCCGAAUGAUAUAACGCGGAUAAAUAAAAGGAAUGAAGUUGGGAUCAGAAAUUAGUUGCAUUGGUGGUGUGGGUAACCAAAGCUGGGUGCGCGUAAAGAUAUUGGUAAGGACAAUCUCAUGCGUGGCAUCUGAUGCAGUGAUAAGGAACUCAUUUGAGGUGAGGAGAUUUCCGAGUUGAUCCAACUGUCCUAUCUUUCAAUUCGCUUAUUGAAUUUGUGGGCAAGGACGCAUAUCUUCAGCUGAGGAAAUCUUCAGUGGGCUAAGAGAUCCAGGGUUAAUCCCUGAUGUGGUCACAUAUAGAAUAUGAAAAUAUCAGGAUGCUGCGGCGAUUCCGCUAGAGCUUUUGAGCUGCAUGAAGAAAUGUCAAGUUGCUCCUCAGAAAAUUAGUAGAAUAGUUUCAUUGGCCUUCGUCAAUGGGACAAACGCUCCAGUGUAUGCGUUACAGUUACUGGGAAGCUAGCAUUUUUGCUUGUCAUGGAAUCAAGUCUAUUUGUUCGAAUGUUCUUUUUUUGGAAAAACCAACCACAAAAAAAGUCUCCCUUUCUCUUGGAGCAGAGCUUCAUCAUAAAAGUGGAGAGUCACAAUGAGAUUUAGUGGAAUGGAUAUGAAGGGUAUAAAUAUGCUAUUUGCUGCUAUUCCAUCUAUUUGUGCAUCAAGUCCGAAGAAGAUCUCAAUCUAUAAUGAAGAAAUGAUAGUAGCUCGUUGUUUUAUAGGCUUUCUCAUAUUAAGUCGGAAGAGUUUAGGUAAGACUUUCAAAGAAACUCUCGACGGGAGAAUCGAGUCUAUUCAGGAAUCAUUGCAGCAAUUCUUCAAUCCUAACGAAGUCAUUCUGGAGGAAUCCAAUGAACAACAACGAUUACUUAAUCUACGGAUCAGCUUGCGAAUUUGCAGCACCGUAAAAGUAGUAGAAUCAUUACCAGCGGCACGCUGUGCGCCUAAGUGCGAAAAGACAGUGCAAGCUUUGUUAUGCCGAAACCUAAAUGUCAAGUCAGCAACACUUCUAAAUGCCACUUCUUCCCGUCGCAUCCGUCUUCAGGACGAUAUAGUCACAGGUUUUCACUUUUCAGUGAGUGAAAGAUUAGUAUCCGGGUCUACAACUUUGGUAGAAGCUUCUACCAUAGAACAAAUUCGAGAGGCCUUCUUAUUAGAACCCAGAGACCUAAUUCGAGAAGGCUUUAUAGUCCUCAGAAAGGUGAGGGUGGGGGGUAUCCCCGGGAAGAGAUCCUGUGGAGACGGGGUGGGCCUGUAGCUCAGCUCAGAGGAU